AUGCACUCACGGUGGAAUCCGACGCCUAAGCAGACGAUGGUGCUUGAAGAGGUUUACAGUAACGGAACACGGACACCGACGACACAACAGAUCCAAGAGAUUGCAUCUAAGCUCCAAAAUUAUGGGAGAAUUGAGGGAAAGAACGUUUUCUACUGGUUCCAAAACCAUAAGUCAAGGGAGAAGCUGAAACGACGCCGUGGUGAUCAACAAGAAGUUACUACUAACGUUCAUGAAGAAGCAAUGACAAACAAUGAUUCAUCAUCAGUCUCAAGAAGAAGAGGUGAUCAUCUAGUUAUUCACACAAGGACUUGCUUGUCUUCUUCACCUACACACCCACAGAACAAUACUAUUGAUGAUGGGAAGAGGGGGUUAAUGGAAGAAAAAGAAGCCACUCCUCAAAAUCAGAUACAUUCAAUCAACACUUCAGACUUCAACUACCAUCUGAUGAUAGUUGCUUCUAAAAGAAGUCAAGAAGCAGAGCAGCAGCUGAAUGAAGAAGAAGAAGAAACAAGGAAAAGCCGAACGCUAGAUCUAUUUCCGGUUACAGAUAACCAAGAGAGAACCGGUUUUGAAGGGAAGAACAGAAAACCAGACCAGUUGUAUUCCAACUACUGUUAUUCUUACGAAUUCAUGCCUCUGAUGGACUGA